GUCAAUACUGGUCAGCCUGGAGCUGAGUGGAUUUUUCUUCUGCUUCAAUCCUGGAGCAAAAUGUCACAAACAUUGAAGACAGAAAGUUAGAAUCUUUAAACCUUGGAUUAUUUCUCUUCCACUGUUGGAGGAUUAUGCGGUGCAAUUCUGGAGUGUAUUAAAGCCCACAAUGUUUAUCCCGAUGUUCCACAGUUUCCCUUUUGGCCUGGGAGCUGGGAAAUCAGUAAUAGGGAAGCGCGGAAGGACCUGGGAGCCGUUCCUUCCCCUGCAGAACGUGGUAUCAUGCGUCUCCUGGUCACGUGAUCGGUUCUGAAGUUUUACUGUAAGUGAAGAGGCAGCGAUGGAGCGGCCAGUGAUCAACUUAAAGAUGAUCAUCACUGUGCACUGGCUUCUAACAACCUGGGGCUGUUUGUAUUUCUGGCUUCCACAAGGCUACAUCUGGAGUAAUUAUGCUGUUCUGGCCAUUGGAAUUUGGGCCAUUGCUCAGAGAGACUCUGUUGAUGCUGUUGCCAUGUACUUAAUUGGCAUGGUAAUCACAAUCCUCCUGGACAUCAUCCACAUUGCAAUCAACUAUGAGCGUAUGUCUCCUGGGCAAGGCAGCGAUGCACUGAGGGAUCAGUUCCGCUUCAGUGUUGGCAUGGCCAUCUUGAGCCUCCUUCUGAAACCAGUUUCUUGUCUCUUUGUGUAUCAAAUGUACAAGGAACGAGGGGGAGAUUGCAGUAUAAACAUCGACCUGGACAGCUCCAUUGACAGCAGGUUUACAUGUGAUAGUGUUGAAUCCAGUGCUUACUGCGGUCGUUCCUACUGAGUCACCCAUCACUGCCUCUCCUGCAGCGUGUGUACAAUCUUCCUCCCUUUGUUGCAGCCCUCAGUCCUCCUGCUUUGACUGGUGAUCUUGCAAUAAUCAUUUGAUCCUUCCCAGGCUGCUGAAAUGUUGCUGCUACUUUCAUGUUGCUAACUUGUAUGUCACAGUGAUCCUGAAUAUUACAUUUCUUUUAUUUUUGUGUAAUUUUUGAUGUAUUUGUUAAAAUUCAUAUUGAAUGGGAUUUUAUCGAAAAUGAAAAGUUGACAGAAGUUUCAUGGUUUGCUUUACUGUAUAUACACGGCUUCCCUGAAAUCCUGCUGGCCAUAUUGACUAGAAAUUUAAAGAUUCUGUCCUGCCUUUUACUAAUUUGCACUUCUGUAUGCUGUGUAGUAGAAGAUAAACCCAAUGAUAGGAAAACUGAAGACAUGAUAAAUAAUUUAUGAUUAUCAUUACGGUAUUUACUGGCUUAAAUAGCUCUCUAAGCUAGUGUGGAUGGGUUAGUGCUAAUGGGUUAAUAGCUUCUGUGCUGGAAAUUAUGAUUCCAAGAAUACUGAGGAUUAAAGUAAACCACAAAGUAAUGGGCAAAAAAAAAAGUCAAAAGAAUUGUCAUUAUGUUUGGGAGGAACCUUUUGGUAAAAGUAUAUUUUGAAUAAGGUUAUUUCCCAACUGCUUACUGUCUUCUUAAACCCUUCUUUCCUUGCCCCUGCAUCCUUACUGCAAACAAAUAGUGUGAUGAGCCAACAGUCAUGCCACUGAAAUUGGAUUCAAGCAUGUCUUCCUUUGUUGCAUUCCUCUAUACCCCUGAUCCACAUUGUCUUCUAUCUCUUCUUUUUCCCUCUCUGAGCUCACCUCAUCCAUGAUAUUUACCCUCUGCUCCCUCAACCACAUCCCAGUAAACAGCCCACCAUUCCAAUAUUGUUUUCCUGACCCUUUGCUUUAGCUGCUCUAGGGAAGGGGGGGGUGGUGGCGCAAGAGGAAAAAAAAUUUCAAUCAUUCUCCUUCGAAACUACCACCUGAUCUUUGGUCUAUUCCUUUCAAAUUUUUGAACACAUUGUAGCUCCUAAACCUUAGCUCAUGCAAUUUCUUGCUUCAAUCUCUGCAAUAAUGUGACAAUAACUUUUGCCUCCAACUGAGGCAUUCAUUUUGGUCAUUGUUUCAGGUUGAGCCAGUCAAUUUGUAACCUGUAUUGACUGCUUCCAGCAUUCUGUUUUUGUUUUGGAUAUCCAACAUCUGCAGUUUUUGCUCCAAUUUGUAACCUUAGUUCUAUUUGAUUUUGAAUUGAACUUCUUGUCCAUCAUAAAGAUCCUAACGCUCUGCUGACCAGCUCCCCAUCUUCCACCCUCCAUAAACGUCAACUCAUCCACAACCUUGGUGCUUAUGCCAUAACCAUCAAAUCCCACUCAUUCAUUACCCUCUUGGUGACUAACUUUGUUUUUCAUUCUCAUGUUUAAAUCCCUACAUAGUUACCUUUCACUAUCUCUUAAGAUUCUCUACUCAUUAAAACUUCCUGGACCGUACUGCAAUUAUACAGGGCCCUGGUGAGAUUUCAUCUGGAAUAUUGUGUACUGGUCUGCUGUACCUACCCUAGAAAGUAUGCAUGCAAUUGAGGAAGUGCAAUGAAAGUUUGCCAGACUAUUCCCUGGAACAGAGGGUUUGUCCUAAGAGAGGUUAAACAGACUAGGCCUAUACGCUCUUGAGUUUAGAAGAGUAAGAAGUGAUUUCAUUGAAACAUACACAAUCCUUACAAGGGUAAAUACAGACAAGAUAUUUCUUCUGGCUAUGGUGUCUAGAUCCAGGGAUUUCUCAAAAUAGUCAUAAAUUCAGAGAUGAAAAGAAAUGUCUACAUAAUGAAUCUUUGGAAUUCUCUACCCAAGAGUUCUAUAGUGGCUCAGAUACAAGACAAAAAUUGAUAGACAUUUGGUAUAGUAAGGGAAUCAAGGGAUGUGGAUUAAUGGGAAAAAGUUGUGCUGAAGUAAAAGAUCAGCCAUGAUUUCACUGAAUGGAGGAGCAGGCAUGAAGGGCCACUGGCCUAUUCCUGCUUCCGUUUAUGUUCUGAUGAAUUUCUAACUCUGGGCUGCAGUGGAUACCCCACCUUUAACCACAUUGCUGGCACUGCCUUCCACUCUUUAGCCCUAGGGUCUGGAAUUUGGUUCCUAAUGCUCUCUGCCUUUCCACCUUUCUUAGCCUUACUCACUCUUCAUGAUAAUUCUGUUGACUUGGUACAGUCAAUCUGUGGUUACACCUCUGUGAAGUGCCUUGGGGUGGUUUACUGUUAGUUACUGAUUUGAUAAAGGUGCUUAAAAUUAUUAACAAAAAAGACAGCAGAUUAAAAUAUAGUUUCCAGUGAUUGAGAGGCCAUAAAUAACAGAGAUUUUGGACAAAACAAUGAGGAAAUAUUUUAGUUGUAAGACUUUGGAAUGUACUACUUGAGUCUGCAAUUGAAUCGAAUAAAUGUUAACACUUUAGAAUAGUUAUAUAGUUCGUAGAAAGUAAAAUGUUUAAAGAGAUCUGGAAGCAGGAAUAAACGAGAGUAAAAAACCUGUUUCCUUACCCAAGUUAAUUUUUAAUUUAUUAGAUUACAAAUGACGUUACUGUCUACCCUUUAGUUUGAAAGGUUGGACAGAUGAGAGUUCUCAGCUCUACUAACAUUUCAACCAAUGUAACUUUGUGAACUCAGAGCUGAUAACAAUUUGUGUGGAGGUGCUCCUGUGUAUUUGGUAUCUUCAGUUAUUUCUGCUAGUUUUCUGCUGGGGGUGGGGGGGGAACAUGUGAAAA